AUGCAUUACUAUGCAUGCUGUGUACAACAAGUUAAGAGAAUUGGUUUCCUAUUUAUAGUGGUAAAAGGCGAUUAUCCCACUUCUCCUAAGACCAACAGCUCAUGCUUUAACCUAAAGCUUAGUCAUCUAGGUACCGUUGAGCAAGGUCUUAUCUUUCACCACUCCAACGAUUUUUCCUUACGGAGUUUCUCUGAUGCUGAUUGGGCUGGUUCCGUUGAUGAUCGACGAUCCACCAUAGGUGCUUGUAUAUUCUUCAGUCCUAACCUCCUUACAUGGACUGCCAAGAAACAGUCUACUGUCUCUCGCUCUAGUACUGAAGCCGAAUAUAGGGCUCUUGCCCAUAUUGCUGCCGAAAUUCGAUGGUUUGGUUACUUGUUUCGUGAACUUGACAUUCCCCUUCGCUCUACUCCGUGCAUCUAUGUUGACAACCUUUCUGCACUCUACAUGGCUGCCAAUCCUAUUUUCCAUGCUCGCACUCGGUAUAUUGAGAUUGACUAUCACUUUGUUCGCGAAUUAGUUGCUCGAAAAGCUCUUCAUACCUCCUAUGUUCCCUCCUCACAUCAGCUUGCUGACAUAUUUACUAAAGGUCUCAGUCGUGAUCAGUUUUCUCUUCUUAAAUCCAAGCUUAAUCUCCGCAUUGCUCCGUUACGCUUGAGGGAGGGUAAAGAGCAUACCACCACAGCUAAUCCCAUGAAAUCAGCCGAUCCCCCCAAAUCAAUAUUGACAGACUCGAUAUCACAAGAUCAGAAAUAUAUUAGCUAA